AUGAACUGCUCUGUAGCUUAUUCGUAUUUUAAAUUAAGUGGUGGAGGCAAAGUUUCAGUGGUAUGUUCAUAUUACAUUCAUAAUUUAUACAAACUAAAUAAUGUGAGAAAAAGUCAUUCUAUAACACUCGGACAGUUAACUGAUAGAAAAAAGAACGUUAUAAAUUUGAAGAAUAAUGAUGAUGAAAUUGUUAGAAGCUACAAAAGAGUUAAUAUAAAAAAAAUACUAAAGGAUGAUGUCAAAACGAAACAGGGGAAAAGCAUAGUCGAAAUGAAUAGUAGACGGAAUAAAAUAUUGGUAAAUGAUGCUGAAGAUUUACACAGUAAUUUUAAAAGGUAUGAUGUUCACUUUAGAAAUAUCGAGAAUGAAGAAGCGAUAGGAGAAAAUAUUUGCCAGCAAUAUAAAGAGCUCCAAAAUAAUACAAAAUUGAGUGCUUCUCUAAGUGAAGAAAAAAGUGUAGAUAAAUUCAAAUUUAACAAUACAUUAGAAAAGGAAAAAAAAAAAAAAAAAAAAAAAAACAACAAAAUGAAAAAGCAUGAUGAAAAUAUAAAAGAUACUGUUGAUGAACUCUUUUUUGCAAAAGAAAAGAAAAAAAAUUUGAUGAAGAGAAUAAUCUUUCGAAAUAAUUAUGAUUACAUGGAUCUGAUUGAUAAGUAUGAAGCGUUUAAGGAAAAUGAAGAGGAUAGGUUUUACAAUUCUGAUAAUUUUAGCAAUAGCAGUUCAGUGAAAGAUAUGCAAAACGAGAAAGGUAAAGAACAUUUUGAUGCAUAUGAGAAGGGAGUUUCUAGUCACAAUACAAAUAAUAAGCUAAUAGAUUCUGAUAAAACGAAUAAUAUAUAUCCUCAUAUAUAUGAGGUAGAGAGUGAAAAUAAUGAUACCACAUAUAAUAUCAAUAUGCAAUUUAAAUUUUUUAAAAAUAAUUUAAAUAUAUCUAUAUUUCCAGAAAUAGGAAAAAAAGAUAUAAUAGAAACUUGUAAAAGGCGAAGAAAUAUGCAAAAUGAAAUAAACAAAAAUAGUAAUGUAAAGAAUAUUUUUAACAAUGAUAUUUAUUUUUGGUUGAAGCGGAAAAUUCAUCGAUCUGUUGGAUGGCAAUUAACAACACCCUUUUCCGAAAAUAGAGAUACUGACAAAGACGACAUAAUAGACGUAACAGAAAUGCGGUGUGAUACGCAAGAUGAAGACAAGUUAUUUAUUGCGGUUAGCACAAGGGGUGAUGUAUGGCAUGAGGGAAAAAAGAUAAAUCAUAACAGUGGUUGCAGUAAUAGUAACAGUGAUAAUGAUAAUGAUAAUAAUAAUAGUAAUAAUAUUAAUAUUGAUAACAAUAGUUGUAACAAUAAUAACAAUAGUUGUAACAAUAAUAACAAUAGUUGUAACAAUAAUAACAAUAGUUGUAACAAUAAUAACAAUAGUUGUAACAAUAAUAGUUGUAACAAUAAUAACAAUAGUUGUAACAAUAAUAACAAUAGUUGUAACAAUAAUAACAAUAGUUGUAACAAUAAUAACAAUAGUUGUAACAAUAAUAACAAGAAUUGUAACAAUAAUAACAAGAAUUGUAACAAUAAUAACAAGAAUUGUAAGAAUAAUGGUGCGUCCUCUUCUUCACCUAAAGACGCUGAAAACUUUCUUACACAUGCAGGGGAGAGGAACAACAAAAUACCGUAUAUGCAGAAGAAGAUAGCGCCCUCGAACUUUUUAGCCAAACUAAAUAUAAAUAUGUUGGAGGAUGGCACACAUGGGAAAAGAUACACAGAAAGCAAAGAAAAUCAAGGAGAUGAUAAAGCUGGAAGCAUGAAGGAAAUAGAGGGGGAAAGACUGAUGCAUAUUCUACUGCAUAACUGUGGGGGGGUUCACGAAAAAAGCGAAAUAAAAAAUGAACAUUGCGUUGGGAAAGAAGCUUCCUCGGAUGAUUAUGUCUUGAAAGAAGCUACCCAAGAUCAGUAUGUCUCUAAUGAAGCUUUUCUAGGUCAGAGUUCUUCUAAAGAAGGCGUUACACAUCAGGAUGUCGAAAAGAACGAUGCAGUUCUGAUAACAGAACGGAAAGAAUUUGAGGAGGAGCGUCCUGCUCUUCUCUCGGACGAAACAUACGAAGGAAUACUAGAUAGUAGCAAGAAUAUAUUCAAAAAAAUAAAAGAAAAUUAUGAAAUGUUUAAGAAGGAAAGUAUAUCCCCAUACCUUUUGGAAGGAUGUGAAAAGUAUAUAAAUUAUUAUUACGGUAUUGAAAAGGAAGAAAAGAUUAGGGAGAUGAAAAAGUAUGCUAAUUUAAAUUUUUAUGACGUAAUACAGAAUGAAAAUUUUACUAUAGAUCAUUUUAAUAUGUUAAUAAAGAGUAAGAUUAUCUUUAAUAAAGAAGAAGAGGCAUUCAACUAUUUCAAUUUGUUAAAAAAGUACGACUUUAAAAUAAAUGUGGAUACAUAUAACAGUUUGAUGUAUACAAGUGUUGUUCAGAAAAAUGCUAAAUUGAGUAGACUAAUAUAUUUACAAAUGAUAAAAGAUUUAUUCAUACCAAAUAAAAAUACCUAUUGUAUAUUAAUGAAAGCCCAUAUAUUAGAUGGAGACAUAAGGAGUGCUUUUCAUUUAUAUAGAAAAAUGGUAAAAGAAGAAAUAGAAGUAGAUUUGCCUAUAUAUUCUACACUAGUAGAUGGAUUGAUAAAACAUAAAUUAUAUAAAAGAGCGGAGCAAUUUUUUAAUUAUAUUGUUACGUAUAAAAAUGUUGUACCGGAUGAGAUUCUGUACUCUAUUCUAAUAAAAAAAUGUUCGUAUUGUAGAGAAGCAGAGAAAUGCUUAAAUUAUUAUGACGCAAUGCUUACUAACAAUCUACGCAUUACUGACAUAACAUUGAUAGAGAUAAUAAAUUGUUUAUCGAAAAGAGAGGAUUAUUUUCAUAAAGUUUUUCAUUUUUAUAAUAUUUAUCUAGCUAAUGAUAUGAAAAUAAAUCAUCGUUUGAUGUUAUAUAUGAUAGUUGCAUGUUCUAACAGUGGUAAUAUUAAAAGGUUGAAGGAAAUUCUAAAAACAAUGAAUAAACAUAAAAUAAAAAUUACAAACGAAAUGUACUACUAUAUAAUUAGAGCCUUUGCAAAUAAUUGUAGGGGAAAAAACAUAACUCUUAGUGAGAAGAAUAAUAAUAUUAAGUAUGCAUGGAGAGUGAUAUAUGACUUGGUCAGACGUACUGAAGUGGGGCAUCAUGGUAGUGGAAGUAUUAACGGGGGUAGAAGCAACAACCGAAUUGGUGUUAAUACGAUGAAAGGAAAUAUGGACCAACAGUUAGACGAUGAAUACAAAGAAAUGAAUGAAAAAAAUAUUAUUCAUACAACUAGUAAGUAUAGUAGUGUGAGUACAAAAAUGCUCAACAGUAUUGUCAUGUUAUAUAUUAAUUCUGAAUAUUAUGAGUAUUCCAUUAAUAUGCUAAAGUAUUACACCUACUUUAACUGUAUGCCUGACCAUUACACAUUUAAAAUGUUAUAUAGGAUGCUAUUUUUUCAUUUAAGAGAUUAUGGAAAAGUUAUAUGUUUAUACAACUAUAUGACGAGUAAUACAGAUAUCAAAGCAGAUGAGUAUACAUUUAACUUAGUAUUAAAUGCUGCUAUUAAAACAAAGUCUUCCAAAAAUACUUUGUUCAUAUUAAGGCAUAUGUUUGCUGCUAAGGUGUACCCGACACCCAGAAUGGUAAAGAAACUAUUUUACGUUGCUAGACAUAUAACGGAAAUACAACUACUAAUAAAUAGUAUGAUCAGUCAGCAGAAAAAGGACGUAUAUGAAGAAAAUGUAAAAGAGAACCAAUUGAUUCAACUCCAUAUUGAUGAAUACGAAUUAAAUUUAUUCAAACAAGGAAAAACUUUUAAAACGAAAUCUGAGCUUGAUCAAGUGAGAGAUCAAUUCUUUAAGAGAAAACAAAGAAUUGAAAAGGAUAAACGGAUGUCAAAAAAUAAAAAGUCAUCCGACUGGUUGCCUUAUGGGCAGUACCUGCAGCACAAGAAAAAGGGUGGCGAAACCUAUGCAAGAAAGGUCGACAGACCCAGACCCCUUCCCUUCGAUUAG